CUCCCCCUACCCUCACCUUCACCUCCGCCGUCUCCGCCACUGCCAAAUACACUUACUUUUCCUUUAUUCUUACAGAAGAAAACAAAAACAAAAACAAAAACAAAAAAAAGUUUUUAAGUUUUAUUAUUUUACUUUUUCUAAACCUUUUCCAAGAUUUCAAAAAAGGAUUUUUUUUUUCUUUCUUUCUUGUAAAUUCUGCAGUUUUCUUUUUUAUUGCUGAAAGUUAGUUAUGGAGCUGCCGGAGAAUCUUAAUAAGGAUAGUAACGGCUAUGAAUCGGCGGAGAAGAUAAUCCUACGGUGGGAUUCAACCGCAUCGGAGGACGCAAGGGAGAGAAUGAUCUUCGAAACGGACCGUCAAGAAGCCGAUCUUUACCUACAAGCCGUCGAUGAAAUCCAACGUUCCUUAUCCAACGUAUCAAUCUCAACCUCUUCAAACGCCGGCAAGAACGCUAACGCCGUCGAUGACCAGUCAAAAGUCAACACCACGAUCCAGAUCGCCAUGGCUCGUCUCGAAGACGAGUUCCGCAACAUCCUUAUCACUCAUUCCUCCGCUUUGGAAACUGAUUCCCUUUUCGAUCCGUCGUCGUCCUCAAUUUCAACGCCUUCUCACCACGAACUCGAAGAAGAUGAUACCUUAAGCAACGACGAUAGCAGUCACCACGAUCUCCUUCAGCUUCAGCUUCAACACUGUGAAUCCUCGGAUAGCUCGACUUACCGAUCUACGAGCAGUAUCCGGGAAGUGGAUCUGAUGCCGUCCGAAGCGAUUUGCGAUUUGCAAGCGAUUGCGAUGAGGAUGAUCUCGUCUGGCUACUUACGCGAGUGUAUUCAAGUGUACGGGAGCGUCAGGAAAUCGGCCAUCGACUCGAGUUUUAGGAAACUCGGAAUCGAGAAACUUAGCAUCGGAGACGUCCAGAGGCUUGAAUGGGAAGCUUUGGAGAGUAAAAUCCGGCGUUGGAUUCGAGCUGCCAAAGUUUGCGUCAGGAUAUUGUUUGCCAGCGAGAAGAAGCUUUGCGAGCAAAUCUUUGAGUGUGUUGGAACGGAUAUUGAUGAUGCUUGUUUCAUGGAAACGGUUAAAGGGCCUGCAAUACAGUUAUUUAACUUCGCGGAAGCCAUAAGUAUAAGUAGGAGAUCUCCUGAAAAGCUUUUCAAGAUACUUGAUUUACAUGAUGCGUUGAUGGAUUUGUUGCCUGAUAUUGAGGCGGUUUUCGAUUCGAAAUCAUCUGAUUCGAUUCGAGUUCAGGCUGCCGAGAUUUUAUCCAGGUUAGCUGAGGCUGCUCGAGGGAUAUUGUCUGAAUUCGAAAGCGCAGUUUUAAGAGAGCCCUCUAGAGUACCUGUCCCUGGUGGAACCAUCCACCCUUUGACUAGGUAUGUCAUGAACUAUAUCAGUUUGAUAUCUGAUUAUAAGCAGACUUUAAUUGAGCUUAUAAUUUCGAAACCAUCUACGGGUUCGAGGUAUUCUGGUGAUCAAACGACCCCGGAUAUGGAGUUUGCUGAGUUGGAAGGGAAAACUCCUUUGGCUUUGCAUUUGAUUUGGAUUAUAGUCGUUUUGCAAUUCAAUUUAGAUGGGAAGUCUAAGCAUUAUAGAGAUGCUUCAUUGGCACAUUUGUUUAUUAUGAAUAAUGUUCAUUAUAUUGUUCAAAAGGUUAAAGGGUCACCCGAGUUGAGGGAAAUGAUUGGGGAUGAUUAUUUGAGGAAGUUAACAGGGAAGUUUAGGCAGGCGGCAACGAGUUAUCAGAGAGCUACCUGGGUGAGUGUUUUGUAUUGUUUGAGGGAUGAAGGGUUGCAUGUGAGUGGGAGUUUUUCUUCUGGGGUAUCAAAAAGUGCAUUGAGAGAAAGGUUUAAGACUUUCAAUGCUAUGUUUGAGGAGGUUCAUAGGACUCAAGCAACAUGGUUGAUACCCGAUACUCAGCUGAGGGAGGAACUAAGGAUUUCUAUAUCCGAAAAGUUGAUCCCAGCUUAUAGGUCAUUUCUUGGGCGUUUCAGGAGCCAUAUAGAGAGUGGAAGGCACCCAGAGAAUUACAUCAAGUAUUCAGUCGAAGACUUGGAAACGGCUGUCUUGGAUUUCUUUGAGGGAUACCCUGUAUCCCAGCACUUGAGGAAGAGAUCUCAGUGAAAGGAGUGAUCUGAGGUAAUAUGAGAUGAGUUUUGCCAUGGUAGAAACUAGGAGAACAUUCUUUCAAUUUUUUGCAGGGUAUUUGGGCAAAAUGGUGCUUUGCCGGACAUGGGGCUGCCCUCAGCUCUCCAAUUUGAUUGAAUAAGAUCUGAUCUUGUUGCUUCCUUGACCGUGGAAUUGGAGCCUGAAUGCUUUCUGCACUGCACUGCUUUUGAAGUUGGGCAUCCUUGGCUGUUCCUUAAAGUUAAAAUUCCCUGUAUAGAUGGAAUAAAAUACAGAGGCCAAUUACAGUUUGGGUUAGUAUUUGAUAUACUGCCCAUUAAAAAUUUUAAUUCCACAACCAAGGUUGAAAUACUAUCAGGUUUCCCAUUUUUUUUACUAUAUUUAUAUUGGCAGUCUAUCAAAUAAUUUUGCUUAAAUUGAAAUGCGAUGGCCUACCAAGUCGAAUUCUAUGGUUCCCUUUUCAUAUUCAACUUGAAUAUGAUACAUAUAGGCUAAGACAUUUAGGGCAAAUUGUUAGUAUGGUUCACACUCCACUUGCUCCAAUUGGUUCUUUUAUUGAAAUUUUUUUCAAUCAUGUACUUGAAAAUUCAAGCAGAUGACAACUCUUGUUGGUAAAA